AUGGCGUGUGAGUCAGAACACCGUCCCUUGGGUGUAUUUGAGUGCCAGCUCUGUGCCUUGACAGCUCCGUACAGCUAUGUGGGGCAGAACCCCAACACCCAGUCAGUCCUCCUGCUGGAGGAGAGCUACGUCAUGAAGGACCCCUUCGCCUCGGACAAGGACAGAUUCCUGAUCCUCGGCUCGCGGUGCAGUGUAUGCAGCAGGCUGGUGUGCGUGGGCCCGGUGAGUGAGCCACGUGCGGCUGUUCCUCUCUUCCUUCCCCACCGUGGCUGGGACUCCACACGCAUGAUCGAGGGACAGGUGACACGUGACCCUUUCCCAAGGACGGUGUGUGCCUCCACGUUUCCUUGUCACAGUGACCCUGGGGUCCCUCAUGGUCACUAGGUGAAGUGGCCGGGGCUGGUUCAUAGAGGUCCGUUGGGUUCUCAUAUGGACGGCCCCUGCAGCCAGCGGAGGACAGGGGACAGAUGCAGCGGCAAACUGGGGUGAAUCAGAGGCUCUCCUUGGAGUGGAGGAAUAGAAACAGAUUGAUGGAGGUUCUGCACCACCCCCAGACCCCCGAUAAUUCUCCCCCCGUCCCCUACCAUCUGUGCCGGUGUCCGUGUGCCACUUCCCCUCCACCAGCAGUGCAGGUGGCCAGGUGCUAUUUCCCCCACUGAUUAUGGAGGUGGCCACGUGCUGCCUCCCUCGCAACAUGGCGGGAUAGUCGGAGAGUGGGGCACCUGGGACCUGAGGGAUCCGCCCUCCAGCGGUCACCCAGCGUACUGCCUGGGGGCGAAGUAUGAACAAGGGAGCUGUCACAGGCCACAUGGAAACAGCCGGCCUCCUGUCCUUCAGUGGCAGAAAGGUGAGGGUGAUGAGGCUUAACAGUUGCAGGAAGCUUCAGUUUAGGCUCAGUGGGUGGUCCCCAUAGCCGAAGCCCCUGACACCUGUGCCCGCAGGUUCUGAACUUGGCUGUGAUGCUGACACUGCUUCACUGUUUCUC